GUGACGCAGGCAGCUAUGCGUCAGCUGAGGAAAGGUUUGUGCUUUACGGCGCUUCAGUGUUUACUGUAUUUAAAGCGAUAUGAAACGUUAAAGGUGCUUGAAGUUCUGCUGUCAACAGUGCGGAAAUAUUACUGAAACCACCGUGCCUCAGUAAUGUGAAGUGAAUGAAGAAAAUUACAGAAUGCAGUGCUGUAAUGUUUCGAGGCCUUCUCCCAUCAAGAGUGAAGCACAAACGUACAAAAUAAGAAUAUUAAAUAUAUUUAUUCUCACUCUGCACUGCUCACUGUACCACUGAAGCUGCAUUAAUUCAGUAUCCUUUAUAGUCCUUCAGAAUCAGCCCAUCAGAGCUUUAUCGCAGAUCCGGAGCGCUGUAUCUCAGCAGAAAUCUUGAUCUUCAGUGAAUCCGUCGUCUCAGAAGCAGAAUAACCCUGAUCUGACAUGGAGUUUGUCAGGGUGCUGAUUGGGGACCUGAGCGAUCCAGAACCCUUCAAGAUAUUAAAGGAUGACCCCGAGGAGCACACAGACCUGGUGGAGCUGAAGGAGGAAAGUCAAGAGCUGAAUGAACGUCCGUUUGAGGAAACUCAUGCAGUCACAACCAGUGAUACAUCAUCAGUGAGUCUCUCACAGACUGAAAAUAAAAGCACACAGAAAACAGCACUGAUCUGUCCUCACUGCGGAAAGACUUUCAGACAGAGAGGUCAUCUUGAGGAUCACAUCAGAACUCACACCGGAGAGAAGCCUCACGCCUGCCUCCAGUGCGGGAAGAGCUUCACACACAAGGGAAACCUGAAGGAUCACAUGAGGAUUCACUCGGGAGAGAGACGCUUCUCCUGUCAGCACUGCGGGAAGAGGUUCACACAUAAAGCCAACCUCACGGAUCACAUCCGGAUCCACACGGGAGAGAAGCCGUUCUCCUGCGAUCAGUGCGGGAAGAGCUUCACACACGCCACCAGUCUGAAGACUCACCUGCUGUCUCACUCCGGAGAGCGGCCCUUCAGCUGCCAUCAGUGCGGACAGAGCUUCAUCCUAGCGGCGCACCUGAAGAGACACCUGCGGAUCCACACCAACGAGAGACCCCACGUGUGCUCCUUCUGCGGGAAGAGCUUCCUGUGGCUCUGCUACUUCAAAGACCACCAGAAGAAGCACUCGGGUGUGAAAGCUCACGUGUGCUCCGAGUGCGGCAGCGCCUUCACGAGAGCCAGCGAGCUGAAGAUGCACCAGAGGACACACACCGGAGAGAAGCCCUACACCUGCUCGUGCUGCGGGAAGAGCUUCGCCGAGUCUGGAAACCUGAAGAAACACCAGCGCGUUCACACCGGAGAGAAGCCCUACCAGUGUCCCUCGUGCGCUGCCAGCUUCAGUCAGUUCAGCCAUUUACUGAGACACCUAAAACACCAGAGCUGUCCGAAGCUGACGCAGUUCCUCUUCAGGCCUCCGGGGGAGCAGUCCUCCUCAGCUCAAACACUCACCAUUCACCCGAAGGAGGAGCUUCUGCCACAAUAACACAUCAGACUCUCCUAUUUAAUAAUAAGAGAUGUAUACUGCUGACAGAGUUUGUCUGGGAUCACUUCAAAUAAUUGUAUUAAAAUGAUCUGUAUGUGUUAUUAUCAUGUGUCCCUGCAGCACAGAAGCAGUCAUCAGUGUCACAGACGUAUAUUUGCAGCAAUAGACAACAAUACAUUGUAUGAGUCACAAUUAUACAUUUCUCUUUUAUGACAAAAAUCAUUAGAUAUUAAGUAAAGAUUAUGUUCCAUGAAGAUAUUUAGUAAAUGUCCUACCGUAAAUAUAUCAAAACUUAAUGUUUGAUUAGUAAUAUGCAUUGCAAAGAACAUCAUGUGAACAACUUUAAAGAUGAUUUUCUCAAUAUUUAGAUGUUUUUGCACCGUCAGAUUCCAGAUUUUGACAUAGUUGUAUCUCAGACACAUAUUGUCCUCCGAACAAACCUCACAUCACUGGAGAGAUCAUUUAUUCAGUUUCACAGAAAUGACUGGUUUUGUGCUCCAGGGUCAUGUGUCAUGUGGGUUUUGUAAUGGAGAUAUCCACAGAAGAGCGUGAUGUUUUAAAUGCAUUUCUUCGAGCGGUGAUGUUUAGUGGAUGAGUGUGUGUAGAUCAGAGCAGCAGGUUGCUGUGAAGUGCCGUGUUUUAGAGGUGUUUCGCGUCUGGUGAAGCAGUGUUGAUGUGAGAAAUGAAUCUCUCUCACCUGUGUCACACAGCUGUUCAGACAGAACGUGAUUCUGACCAUCACGCUUUAAAAAGGACAAGAAAGAACAUUUGCUUUCCAAAAGCCUUUUUGUUUUCCAUGAGAAGGAAAAUUCAUAGUAACACUGGAUACUAGAUUGUGACAAAUGUUGAUUUUAAAGUGACCUGUGCCUUCCUGACAAUCACAGUGGAGAACUCAAAUUAAAUGCUUCCACAAAAUACACCACAUUUUUAUUAAAUGUUAGUGUUUCUGCAUACAUGCAAUCAUAUAUGUAUUCUCUCGUCACUUUAAAGUUAGUUUUUCCACGAGGUCAAACAUCAUGAUUCCUCAGAUACAUACAAUAUUAACUUCGUAUAUAUGACUGAAUGUCUUUACCUAACAUGCAUUCAGCAUAUCGCCGCUGGUUUCAGCAGAUUGCAGCUGAUUAAGAGCACGGUCAACAAACUGUUCUGUAAAACCUAGAACUUGUCUCACGUUUGUGUAGAUAACUGUUUAAAAUACAACUUGUAAUAAUGAAUACAUGCACAUUAUAAGGUGUUUCUAACAUAUUUUAACAUAAUUUGUAAUCAUUUGAGUUUAUCUAAGUGAAGUAUUUGUAUUUAUUAUUAUUAUCAAAGUGAAGUAUUAAUAGUUUCAUGUGACGUCACACACUCACCUGGAGGACAAGACCAAGUUCUGCUCCACUGACCGCCAGUUAUUGGAGUAGUUUGCAAUAAGUAGUAAUGUAGUAAAGUGCAGAUAUUAAAAGGUGAAAUUCGGUUAACACCUUA